AUGUUUCAUUACAUCGCAUUACUGACUUUUGGCCUUGUGACCCUAACCACCGCCAAACCAUUGUACACAACAGCUGGAUCUUCACAACUAGAUGUCCGAAACAAUUACAACAGUGGAUCAGGAUAUGCAACAUCGAUAGGAUAUGCUUCACCACUACAAUCGAGAAUUAUAACAGCAGCUUCUCCAUUCGCCUACUCAGCUCCAAUUGCCAGAUAUAGUCCAUCAGUUUUGGCAGGCCCAUUUGCAUAUGGAUCUCCAAGAUAUGAAUCUCCAGUUUUGGGCGCAGGAUAUGCAUCACCGUAUGCAGCUCAAUAUGCUUCUCCAUAUGCGUCACCAGUAUUCGCUCAAGUUGCUUCUCCGUACUCUGCAGCUUAUGCAUCGCCAUAUACGAUCGCCGCACCUGGAUCUAGUCCAAUUUUACUGUAA